AUGGCGCUUGGCAAGCGAAAGAAGUCCUCCCGGAAACCCGCAGGAAAGAAGAAGCGCGAACCCCUCGGCAGCACAUUCCAAUGCGUCUUCUGCAAUCACGAGAGUGCCGUACAGGUCAAGCUCGACAAGAAAGGCGGCGUCGGAAACCUUUCGUGCAAAGUCUGCGGACAGCAUUACCAGACCGGCAUCAACCAUCUCUCGGCGCCGGUAGACGUCUACGCUGCCUGGAUGGACGCGUGUGAAGAAGUGGCGAAGGAAGCGACCUCCGCUGGCGCGCAAUACACAUCGACCGCAGAUGACUAUAUGCCUGAAGCGAGAAGUGCGGCGCCGCCGAAAGUCGGCCUGGGUGCGUCGCAGAAGGAGGACGAUCUAGACGGAUUCAUCGAUAAUGACGACGACGAUGUGGAGGCUGGUUACGGUGAUGAUGAAUGA